CGCCUCCUCCCCGCCCUGUCUGCUGAGGAUGGAAGUGACGACAGCAGCCGGAGAGGUCACUUCCUGCUGGGGUGGAUGAGGAGGAGCCGGCGACGCCGCGGAGGAGACCGGACCGAAGACGGACCUUGCCGGGGAGAGGAGGGCGAAAAUGAAAGCGGGCUGUAGCAUCGUGGAAAAGCCAGAAGGAGGUGGAGGGUAUCAGUUUCCUGAUUGGGCCUAUAAAACAGAGUCAUCCCCAGGCUCCCGGCAGAUCCAGCUGUGGCACUUCAUCCUGGAGUUGCUGCAGAAGGAAGAGUUCCGCCAUGUCAUCGCCUGGCAGCAGGGAGAGUACGGGGAGUUUGUCAUCAAGGAUCCAGACGAGGUGGCCCGCCUCUGGGGUCGCAGGAAGUGCAAACCACAGAUGAAUUAUGACAAGCUGAGCCGGGCCCUCAGAUACUAUUACAACAAGAGGAUCCUUCAUAAAACAAAAGGGAAAAGGUUUACUUAUAAAUUUAACUUUAACAAGCUGGUGACGCCCAACUACCCGUUCAUCAACAUUCGGUCAAAUGGUGUGGUUCCCCAGAGUGCACCACCGGUUCCAACAGCCUCUUCCCGGUUCCAUUUCCCACCUCUGGACACUCAUUCUCCAACUAGUGACGUGCAGCCGGGGCGGUUCUCUGCUAGCUCCCUAGCUGCUGGCCAGGAGUUGAGCAAUGGCACAGAGAGAAAGGCGGAGCUUUCGGAGCUGGAGGACGGCUCCACCGCUGACUGGCGCCGGGGUGUGGAUCUCAUGUCCUCCCGGAAUGCUGUUGGUGGAGGAGGGAUUGGCCAUCAGAAACGCAAGCCUGACAUCAUGCUCCCUCUGUUCAGUAGGCCAGGGAUCUACCCUGACCCCCAUAGUCCCUUUGCUGUCUCUCCAAUCCCUGGCCGAGGAGGUGUCCUUAAUGUUCCCAUUUCACCAGCCCUCUCCCUGACUCCCACUAUCUUCUCCUAUAGCCCUUCACCAGGCCUGAGCCCUUUCACCAGCAGCAGUUGCUUUUCCUUCAACCCUGAGGAAAUGAAACACUACCUUCAUUCUCAAGCCUGUUCUGUGUUCAACUACCAUCUGAGUCCCCGGACAUUUCCCCGUUACCCAGGGCUCAUGGUUCCACCACUGCAGUGCCAAAUGCAUCCUGAAGAGUCAACCCAGUUUUCUAUCAAGCUGCAGCCCCCACCAGUUGGGCGCAAGAACCGGGAGAGGGUAGAGAGCAGGGAGGAGUCAGCACCUGUCACUGUUCCCACCAUGGCGCCUGUGCCCCCAAGAAUUAAGGUAGAGCCAACCUCUGAAAAGGAUCCUGAGAGUCUCAGGCAGUCAGCCCAAGAGAAGGAGGAGCACUCUCAAGAGGGCACUGUGCCAAGCAGGACCAUAGAGGAGGAAAAAGGCACCAUCUUUGCCCGCCCAGAGGCACCACCUGUCUGGCCCUCUGUACCCAGUAGCACACCAAGUGAAGAACCCCUAGAAGUGACUGAAGACAGUGAAGAUAGGCCUAGCAAAGAGCCCAGUGCGCCUGAGAAGAAAGAAGAUGCCCUGAUGCCCCCCAAGCUUCGAUUGAAGCGGCGCUGGAACGACGACCCUGAAGCCCGAGAGCUGAGAAAGGAUGGCAAGUUCCUCUGGAAUGGGUCAGGACCACAGGGCUUGGCGACGGCAGCUGCUGAUGCUUAGAACUGCAAGUGGAUUGAGAGCUGUUUAUACUAUAAUCAUAUACAUGUAUUUAUGUAGCAAGAUUUUGGGGCUGGGGGGAGGGCAUUAGCUGGUUUGAUCAUUCUAGGAGCAUAGACUUGUAUUUUUAUGUUUGGGGAAUGGGAUUGGGCAUCUUCUGUUGUAAAUUAGGUGAGAUAUGAACACACUUUUUUUCCUGGUGAGGAGGACACAGGAAGGGUAUUGAACUGAAAGGAGAAAGGGCCUCUAUUUCCUAUUGAGGCUAAUACUUUCUGAACAAACUCCCAAAGGGCCAAGACACUGUUUGGUCCUAUGAUGUUCAGGUUCCAGACUUCUUUCUUUUCUACUGUAUUUAUAUAUAGGAAAGCCAUUAAUGAGUUUAUUUUGCUCUGAGAGUUACAUAUAAAGGGGGAAGGGCAUGGUUGGGAGGCGAAAGACCAUUAAUGCUCAGUAUUUGCCUGAGAUGUUUCUUUGUAAUUAUUUCAGGGGGAGAAUAAGAUAUUCUCAUCUUACUGGGGUAGGGCGAUUGGGGUGUUCAGAUGUUGCUUUUUUCUUUUUUCCUUUGUUGUUUGGCAUUUUUUUCUUUUCCUCUAAAAAAUGUUUUCAGGAAACAUGAAACAUACUGCCAGUUAGAGUAGAGCAGGCACUGAGCCUGGCCGCAUGGUUGAGACAGGAAGCCCUGCUGUGAAUUUCUUGGACUUUUCACCUUCACCUAUUAAGAAGCCAUGAGGAGUAGUAAACUCUUAUUCAGGGAAGAAUGAAGAGGGCAGGAGGAAGUAACCCAACGCCUUUACAAACAAAACACAAAAAUAUCCUUUAUUUUUCCUUUUCCAUCAUGGGUCUGGGGAGCCAAACCAGAAAAGGCUGUAGCGAGUUCACUGAAAGGCAUGACACUGGUAAAGACGUGUUUUUGUUGUCUGGCUCUGUUAUCAUUUUCUUCAGCCAAGCCUUAACAGUGAACAUACUUUAACAUGAUACGGGUCUGUCAAAAUAAACCUAUAAAAGGACAUGAACAACUUUUCAGAUAACCCAAGAAUUUUGAAGCAUGAUUAAAGUUUGAGCUAAUAUUUAGUCAUCCUUUCUAGAUGUUAUUGGGAUGGAUAGUAAAAAGGCAGGAUUAUAGGAAUGAAAGACAGAUGAUACCUGGAAAUGCAGAAGGUAGCUGGGGGUACAAGUGGAGGUUUAUUGAAUCUGAAGGAAUAGUUAGAUAAAGAAAGCAACCAGAUGUCAAAAGGCCUGAUAUGAAUGAAAGUUGGUGUUUGUCCCGUUGUGGCAUUACCAUUCUUGCCAUACCAUUUCCCUAGCCCAGUGGUCGGCAAACCGUGGCUCGCGAGCCCCAUGCGGCUCUUCGGCCCUGUGGCAUGGGCCACGAAGUUUCAUUCGCACUGUACGUGCACGCCCGCACGUGGUAUUUUGUGGAAGAGCCACACUCAAGGGGCCAGUUUGCCGACCACUGCCCUAGCCCAUUCUAAUACUCAUGAUCAAUUGACUGCCCUAUAUGAGACUCCAGUUUACAGACAAUGAGGAAUUGUUCCAUCAACUUCAAAGGAAUGGGGAAGUACUGAUUUUCUAGGAAGGGAAAGGAACCUGGACUAGAGGCAGAGAGAGAAGCCACAGCCAGCUCUGAAUGCAUGUGCCCAUGUAACUAGUAUGUGGAAACACCUAACUGUGGCUCAAAACACCUGGCAGCAGGGGGAGAAGGAACUCCAUAUCGGAUAGGGGCAAGGAGUGGGCACAGAGAUGCUGUCGAGGAAUGGAGAAAUUCCUGACUCCACCUUUACCUACGUGAGCUCUUCUAAGAAGCAUUGGAGGGUUGUCUUUCAACGUUGGCAGGUGGUGGUUCUUUUUUAAAGGAAAGCAUGCAUGAGGGGCUCAGGGAAGGUUAGAGCAGGUGAGUGAGUUACUAGGUGGUUCGGGAUGAUGAGUCCAUCAUGCAGAUUUUUGGGGUAAGUGCCCUCCCCCUUGUUUAAUUCAAAUUCCAUGAGUAACCUGUCUUUCCCUGGGAAAGGGACUGACGGAGCAGUCCCUAAGGACUCAGGCUUUGGUCAGGCUGCAUAGGGCUCCCUGUUCAGGGUAUCUUUGGUUGGUUAUGUUUUUGUCAGUUACUUUCUCUGCACCUCAACUUACCUCUAAUCGGAAAGCAAGCCCGGGCAUGUGGAGGAGGUAUGUCUUCUUGUCAUUGCCCAAUCUAACCAGGGAGGCUGGCUGGCCACCCUCCCUGUCCACUAGAGGGGAGAGCCAGCAGGUAUCGGUAUUAACUCAGGAAUAGAAACAUGAGGCCUUUAAAUAAGAGGGAAAGAAAUCCAUGUUGCAUACCUGUGACCCCCUAGAACCCAAGUGCCAGAAUUCCUAGAUGCUGCUUCUGUUUGAACAAAAAGUCACUGCUUUUACACUUGAAAAAAAAAAAAAAAAAACACUCAAAAAAUGUUCAAGUCCAUGAAAAUGUUUUUGGCUUUAAGAAAUUAUUUGGUGUUUAACUGUUUCC